AUGACUUAACGUCACGAGGGAGGCGGGGCUUAAACGUCAAAGGAAGUGCGUAUGCCUCGUUUCCGUUUCAUGUUUUAGCGUGGCCUCCUCUUCCUCUCGGUUGCUGGGCAACGCGGUGGGCGCUUCCUGAUCCGCGCGACGCCCCGCUCGGGGCAUGCUGGGUAGCCCUUUUUUGGAGCAUGGAUGCCCACGAGCUGUUCCGGAGACUCGGGGCCGGCGCCAAGUUCGACGUGAAGCGCUUCAGGGGCGACGCGGAGCGGUUCAAGGUAAUCAAAACAAAGAGCAAAGAACACCUGGAAGAGCUUGACUUCUUUGCAAGCAAGAGCAAAAAGAUUCCAAACCCUUCUGAGAAUGGCAGAGGAGCAACUGAGCCUCUAGAUGAAGCAAAAAAGUCAUCUGAAACACACUCUGAAGAUGACCUGAGUGAAUCUGGAGGAGCUGCAAAAAAGAGAAAAAGAGAUGCACAAAGCACAGAAGGGAGAACAAGGAGAAAGAAGAAGAAGGCCCAAGAUACAGCUCCACUACUUGCUGGCACUGAGCAUGAUGGACUGCUGUGGAUGUCUGCUCUGGAAGCAAAGCUCGGGGUUUCCCAAAAAAGGGGGCAGGAGAAGCCCACUGCCGAGAAACUGGAACAAGCCCGACGAGAAAAGGUAAACCAAUUCAGAAACCAGCACAAGAUCUACAUUCAAGGAACAGAUCUUCCAGAACCAAUUGCUACCUUUGAGCAACUCAGAGACGAAUACAAAAUCCACCCAAAGAUCAUGCAGAAUAUUGAAGCUGCGGGUUUCCAGUCUCCCACACCAGUUCAGAUGCAAGCCAUUCCAGUCAUGCUUCACGGUCGUGAACUUCUGGCCUGUGCCCCAACGGGCUCCGGAAAGACCCUGGCUUUUUCCGUUCCCGUUCUAGUGCACCUGAAGCAGCCUAUGAACAAAGGUUUCAGAGCUCUCAUCAUUUCACCCACCCGGGAGCUGGCCAACCAGACGCACAGAGAGCUGGUAAAGCUAUCUGAAGGGACAGGCUUCCGAAUUCGCAUGAUCCAGAAAGCUGCUGAGGCCGCAAAGAAGUUUGGGCCAAAAUCCUCCCGCAAAUUUGAUAUCCUGGUGACCACUCCAAACAGACUUAUUUAUUUACUGAAACAAGACCCUCCAGCAAUAGACUUGGCCAGGGUCGAGUGGCUCGUGGUCGACGAGUCAGACAAGUUGUUUGAAGAUGGGAAGACGGGGUUCCGAGACCAGCUGGCCACCAUCUUCCUGGCUUGCCCCUCCCCUUUCGUCAAGAGGGCCAUGUUCAGCGCUACAUUUGCCCACGACGUAGAGCAGUGGUGUAAGCUGAACUUAGACAACGUCAUUUCGGUCUCCAUCGGAGCAAGGAAUUCUGCAGCGGAGACGGUGGAUCAGGAGCUCUUGUUUGUGGGAUCAGAGACUGGGAAGCUGCUAGCUGUGAGAGACCUUGUGAAAAAGGGCUUCACGCCGCCUGUCUUGGUUUUUGUCCAGUCCAUUGAGCGGGCAAAAGAACUUUUCCAUGAGCUUAUCUACGAGGGCAUCAAUGUGGACGUCAUCCACGCAGACAGAACACAACAGCAGAGAGAGAACGUUGUCCAGAGUUUCCGGGCAGGGAAGAUCUGGGUCCUGAUUUGCACCGCUUUGCUAGCAAGAGGAAUUGACUUCAAAGGAGUGAACAUGGUCCUCAAUUAUGACUUCCCAAGUAGCGCCGUGGAAUAUAUUCACCGGAUCGGUCGCACGGGGAGAGCCGGACGCACAGGAAAAGCAAUUACUUUCUUCACCGAAGAUGACAAGCCGUUACUAAGAAGCAUAGCCAGCGUUAUUCAGCGAGCCGGCUGCCCUGUGCCAGACUACAUAAAACAUUUUCACAAACUGCAGAGCAAGCAAAAGAAGAAGCUGAUGAAGAAGCCUUUGGAGAGGGAGCACAUCCUCACGUCCCCUCGGUUCUUGCAGCGGAAAGCGAAGAGGAAAAGGAUAAUCUCCAAGAAAGGUGCAAAGAAGAAUAAAGCCAAAAAUAACAAUUCUCAGUCACAGACUGAGUGCUUUGAAAAAUCAGUCAAGAUAUAAAGAUUCCUGGUUUGUAGGAAUGUUGAUUUCAGGACACUCAAGUGGUUGUUGACGGACCUGUGGGGUGGAGGCCUUCCUGUUGUGCUUUUUGACAACAGUGGCAAGCUUCGUUCCUGCCCAACAUUCCCCUGCCAUCAGUAUUUCUGCCAAGCUCCACGCCUCCAGGUCAUCAUGCCCCGUUUCCCGAGGAUGAGGCAGCAUCAGCACAAAGCAGAACAUUACAGACACCUGAUCAUUGCGUCGCAGGCCUGAUGCUGUGCACUUUGAAGGGAACCCAGAAAAACAUUCAACGCUGUGUCCUUUGAAGAGAACAACCGCAUUUUCCUGGAUUAAUUCCAUCCAUAUGGCUUGAAAGAAGUCACAAGUGUGGCUCCUGUUGAGCAUAAUAUUUGAAGUUUGUGUUCUCAGAAUAAAUUUGUCCCUCAAAUGGU